AUGCAUAUCUCCAAAUUCAUUGUCGUUAGCGGUAUGGUAAUGGCUGUCCAAGCCUUCACCUGUGCCAACGAACAAUUUGGACAGUGUUACUUCCGCGAUGGAAACCCAUUGGGCAAGCAGCAACGCUGUGCUAUCAAAUGUCAGCCGAAGUUCGGCCACGUCAACUGCGUCUGCCCAAAGUAUUACCCCAAGAACAGUCAGAAAUGGCAGUACACCGGGAAGCACGAGUGCAUCUCUAGGCCUCAGUACAACGGUCGCCACAAGUGCUUCAACAGCUAA